ACUGACACCCGGUGGGUGCCCUUCGACGGCCUGGCUGAUCCGGGACCCAGCCGCCGAGCACGCCCCUCCCUCGCUCAGCCAUGCUGGCCUGUCUACAGAGGACCCAGAACCCGGCCAGCCAGCACCUGGCCUGCCCGAGCAAGAGCCUGGAGCUGCGAAAGUGUGAGCCGGCCGCCAGCUCCAUGCAUUCCUCCCGCUACCCCAGCGCGGCUGAGCUGGACGCCUACGCCGAGAAGGUGGCCAACAGCCCGCUGUCCGUCAAGAUCUUCCCCACCAACAUCCGUGUGCCGCAGCACAAACACCUCAGCCGCACCGUCAACGGCUACGACACCAGCGGCCAGCGCUACAGCCCCUACCCACAGCACACCGCCGGCUACCAGGGCCUGCUGACCAUCGUCAAAGCUGCCGCUGCUGCCUCCUCCUCCUCCGCCGCCGCCGGCGGGGCAGUGCCCACAGGGCCAGCCAAGAGCGUGCUCAAGAGCGCCGAGGGCAAGCGGACCAAGCUCUCGCCGGCCACUGUGCAGGUGGGCAUCGCCCCCUACCCAGCGCCCAGCACUCUGGGGUCCCUGACCUACCCCAAGCCGCCCGAGGCGCCCGCCCCACUGGCCGGCCUGCCAGCGGCCGUCAUCCCCCUGUCCGGCCGAGGCCUGCCGCUGCAGCCUUCCAACCUCCCCUCCAUCCACAGCAUCCUUUACCAGCUGAACCAGCAGUGCCAGGCCCCGGGCGCUGUGCCCGCCGCCUGCCAGGCCGUGGCCAUGCCCGCCGCCUGCCAGGCCGGGGCUGUGCCCCACCCCAGCCCCGCCAAGCACGGCCCUGCGCCCAGCUUCCCCAGCUUGGCAUACUCGGCCGCUGCCGGGCUGCCAGACUGCCGGAAGGGCAGCAGCGGUGAGCUGGGCCCAGGGGCCACGCCAGCCUUGACCUUGGCUGGGGCGGCCAAGCCUGCAGGCUAUGCGGACGGCGGCCUGGAUUACUUGUUGUGGCCGCAGAAGCCGCCCCCACCGCUGCCCCAGCCUCUGCGUACCUACAGCAGCAGCACGGCGGCCAGCAAGUCCCCCGAGGUGUGCGCUGGGCGCACUUACGAGCGGGCCGGCGGAUCGCCCCUCACCUGCGGCAUUGGGCUGCCGGCCAACUUCGCCGUGGGCCAAUACUUUGCUACGCCCUGGAACAGCGUGCUGGUGACCCCCACCAGCGACUGCUACAACCCCACAGCGACAGUUACGGUGACAGAGCUGGGGCCCGGGAUGGCCCGAGAGCUGGCAGGGCCCCCCACGGAUGCCCUGGCUGGCCUGCCCAGCAAGAGCAUGUGCAACACGGCAGCGCUGAGCAGCAGCCUGCAGUCGCUGGAGUAUCUUAUCAAUGACAUCCGGCCGCCCUGCAUCAAGGAGCAGAUGCUAGGCAAAGGCUAUGAGACAGUGGCGGUGCCCCGGCUGCUCGACCACCAGCAUGCCCACAUCCGCCUGCCCGUCUACAGAUAAGGCCCGCCGGGCACGCGCACGCACAGAUGGGCCGGCGGGAUGUUGGGGGAGUCCGGCUGGAGGGCAGAUGUGUGGCUUCUCCCUCCCGAGGGGGAAGCCAGGAGGGCUGCAGUCACAAUGACUGCAGGACAACCCCUCCUGCAUUGGCGGCCCAGGACACGGGAGAGCAGCGAGGACAGCCGCUGGAGUCUGACCCCGCCUCCAGCCACAACGGCAGAGGCACGGUGGGGGAGGGGGGGAGCGAGAGAUUCAUUGGGAAGCAGAAUGGCUCGCUCCCUUCUCCAGGGUGGGACACGGGACACUCCAGGCUAGGGACUGGGUCAGACCGCCCAGCAGCCUGGGAACGGAGCAAAGGGGGCCCAGAGGGAACCUCUGCACCCCCACUGCCCCCCUUCCCCCUCCAACUAGUCACUCUAGGCUGAGCCCACUCUGAUGGAAGCCUCAAGGACUAACGAUCUCCCCUCACCCCGUCCUUUCUCCCCCCCCCCACUUUCCUAACACAGAAGCCCAUCUCUAGUCUCCAAACCCCAAGCUAUACCCCCCUUUCCCCCACCCCCCAGUACAUCUUACAGGGCUGCACACGGGCACCUCGUCCAGGGGGACGCCGGGGCCAUCCUAGACUUGCCCCAUCCCGAGGAAGGGGCCGUUUCCGCAAUUCGCACACAGGGGCUGGCAGCAGAGGGUCUGCCGUCUUGGGAGACCUGACCCCACCCUGCCUUCCUCAGGGGUCUCCUUGAAACUAUCGAGGGGACAACGGACUGGGUUUAACCCAGGAGCAACCUGCCCCCAGCACCUGGCGGGGAGGCCCGGCACCACCUCUGUCCCCAGGGCCCAAUUCCCCCCCCCAGCCCCGCCCCGCCCUGCCCCCAGGGCACCCGGAAGCGGUACUGCAUCUCUCCAAGGCCUGUUCCAGCACUAAGUGCAUUUACAAAUCUCUGAGAAUGUUUUUUUUUAUAUACUAAAAUUGACCAUUAUAUUCUACUGUGAGAAGUGCAGUCUGCACUAUAUUGUUUUAAAAGCAAAG